AUGCCUAUUCCAACCGAAGUCGUGGGCUCGCUGCCUCGCCCAACAUACCUACAACAAGCCAUUGCCAACUUCGAUGCUGGGAAAAUCACCCACGAUGAACUUGUCGCGGUCCAGGACAAGGCCGCCAAAGACUCUGUCGAGAGAAUGGAGGCAGCUGGAGAAACCUAUGUAACUGACGGAGAGCAGCGUGAGAGUUCUUUCGCAACAUAUCCUAUUGUGGAGACCCUCAAGGGCGCAGGCUUGCCUAGCAAUUUUGCUGCCGAUGGUCAAUUCUUUGCUAUUUUCGAAGAUGGCCAUCACCGCCAGCUACCGCGUCUCGUCAAAGGGCCUUUCAAAUAUGCAACAUAUGCGUGGCAGAAUCUCAAACAGUCAAAACCCUAUGCUACACACCCAAUGAAGCAGGCUGUCAUUGCGCCGAGUAUGAUGUACCUUCUAUAUCCUCUUCAGGGUGAACUCGAAGGCUACCCCCGCGAUGAAUUUAUAAAAGACCUGAUUAAUGAGUGCGAAAAAGAUAUUCGAGGAUGCUUUGCAACAGGUGCAAAGAGAGUUUCAAUUGACUUUACCGAGGGUCGUCUCGCUUUAAAACACGAUCCUAGGAACCCUUGGACAAACGCCGAGCUUCUCGAAAGAUUCGUCUUAUUAAUCAACCAAGUCCUUGAUCGCUUCACUCCCGAAGAGCGAACCAACAUUGGUCUACACACCUGUCCCGGUGGCGACUGCGACUCCGUGCACUCAAUUGACGUCGAUUACAAUAAGUUACUCCCGUCGCUAUUCCAUAUUAAUGCAGGCUAUUUCUUGAUACAGCUCUCAUCUGAGAAGAACCGUGAGGCUGUGUACCAAUCGAUUGGUCAGCAUAUUCGAAAGGAUGCCAAUGGCGUCAAACAGGUUGCUUUCAUCGGAGUUAUAAACACUCUCAACCCCGUUGUAGAGAAACCAGAACAGAUUGCCGACCAGUUGGUGCUUGCCAGCCAAUACAUCCCUAUAGAUCAACUUGGAGCGACGGAUGAUUGCGGCUUCUCUCCAUUCUCUAUUGAUGCCAAGCCAAGCCACGGUAGUCCAGAUUUCGCCAGGGACAUUGCAUUCCAGAAAAUUUCAAGUCGUGUACAAGGCGCUAAAUUGGCCAGCGAGAGAUUAGGCAUAUGA